AUGGACGAGGUGGAGCACGACGUCACCAAGGCGCGGCAGAAGAAGACCAAGGUGGGCUCCGUCCGGAUCAAUCCUGACGGGACGCAGGAGAAGAGAGAGAUUCCCCUAGCCCAGUCCGAGGCUUUCCUCACUGACCUCUUGGAAAAAGUGUGUGAGCGAAUGAACGACUACAAGCUGGAAGAAGACCCGGUGACCCAGGAGAAGACAUUCAAGAGAUUUGCGCCCAGGAGGGGAGACGAAAUAUACAAAGAAUUUAAAAAAUUCUUAUUUUACUCUGAUGCUUACAGACCUUUGAAAUUCGCGUGUGAAACUAUAAUAGAAGAGUACGAAGAUGAAAUAUUCUCACUUAUCGCCCAGGAGGCAAACCACCUCGCUGACAAGCUGUGCAGUGAAAAAUCAGGUCUGUGUGACACUUCUGCUCAUCACCCUGAAGUCGAGGAGUGA